CAUAUCGAAACUGGACGUAUAAAAAACGGCUCCGGUAAAAUCAUUAAAAAUUAAAUGAAUUAAUAAUUUGCGAGUGCUUAAAAGGGUUCAUUCGCCUCAAUAAUUGCACUAAUUAUCGUGUGCAUUGUCGGUAUAACGCGAAAAGUGUUGAAUUCGUUUGCUUUCGUGUGUUUUUCGACCGCCCUAGCAGCAUAUGUACAUACAAUACACACACACAUCAUUCAUAAAGAGGAAUGCAUACAUCCAUACAUCGGGGAGUAUUAUAAUUAUAAUCGUGUGUAAAGUGCAAUACCCUGGAUUAUUAGUGCUGCAAGUGCAAGUGCAGCUGCCUGAGCCGCAAAAGAAAGAAAGUGAAGUCUCCUCCGCCGAUGCCGACGAAAGGGGCUGGGGCCGCUGGCUGCUGCUAGGCGCACCGCACACACGGAAUACACGGAUCAGGAACAAGGAAUAGGAGUUGCCGUUGGUUGCCGCUUCCCCGCAGCCGUGCCCUGUUGUCAUCGUCUCCAUCGAAUCUCUCGUCGUCUCCGAUGCUGAGGCACAGCAGAAAUGCAUUGGCUGGAAGGCCGCCAAGAGGCAGCAACUUGCAGCAAGCAUAGAUUGCUAACCAAACACACAGACCAGCAGCAGCAGAAGCAGCAGCACACGAAAACGAAAACUGAAUGAAUACUGAGCCCGAAACUCUCGUUUGCAUCCAUCCCGCAUCUUGCAUCCAUUACGUGCAGCAGCAGCUGGAGUACCUGGAGCCGGCCAACGCUAGCUAGGCAGCGCCCGAAGCGAGCGACGGAGGAGGCCCUUGUGGAGGGAGGAGCUGGUCUGGAAUGUUGGAACACCCACAGCGGUUCGCUCGUAACAUCCCCGACUCCUCAAACAGCAGCACCAGCAGCAGUGCUCAACAGUAUCCGCCGCCACCGCCGCAGCAUCAGAAUCUGAAUCUCAAUCAGAAUCAGAACCAAAACCAGAUCUACCAAUACCGUCCGCAGACGCAGGCACAGGCACCUGGAUCGCCGGCGCACCAUCAGCGCCACUCGUCGCUCUCACAGCAGCAGCAGCAGCUACAGCUGCACCAUCGCACCCUGUCGACCGCCUCCAGCUGCAGUGCACAGCACAAAAGUGUGACAUUCGGCCAGCCAGCGAUCGACUACAGCAACGGCGGCAGCAGCAGCGGUAACUCAUCCAGUUGCAGCGCCGCUGGCAACGCUGGAAUCCAAUCAAUGGCGGGAAACAUGAAGCACGGCAAAUCACAGGAAGACGUCUGCUACGUGGUAGCCAAGUACGAUUAUGCGGCGCAGGGUGCCCAAGAGUUGGACCUGCGCAAGAACGAGCGCUAUCUGCUGCUGGAUGACUCAAAGCAUUGGUGGCGUGUCCAGAACAGCCGCAAUCAGUCCGGCUAUGUUCCCAGCAACUAUGUGAAGAAGGAGAAGCCAUCGCUCUUCGACAGCAUUAAGAAGAAGGUGAAAAAGGGUUCCGGUUCGAAGACGCUGCCCAACUGUUCGCCGUCCCGGCAGGUCGAGAGUCCAACCAUGUCGCGACGCUUGCCCCCCGAUCCGGCCGAGGCCAUUGGCACGGCCAUUGUCAAGUACAACUACCAGGCCCAGCAGCCCGAUGAACUCUCACUGACCAAGGGCACGCGCAUCCUCAUCUUAGAGAAGUCCAAUGAUGGCUGGUGGCGCGGCCAGAGCGGCAAUUCUGUCGGCUGGUUCCCCAGCAACUACACAACCGAGGAUUGUGAUAACGAUGGCGAGAUUCACACCUAUGCCAUGGCCGAGAACGUCCUCGAUAUUGUGGUGGCCCUCUACAGCUUCACGUCGAACAAUGAUCAGGAGCUGUCGUUUGAGAAGGGCGACCGGCUGGAGAUUGUCGAUCGGCCCGCCUCCGAUCCGGACUGGUACAAAGCUCGAAACAACCAGGGCCAAGUCGGUUUAGUUCCACGCAAUUAUCUACAAGAGUUGAAUGAUUACCUGGCCACGCCCUAUCGCAACACUAGCGCCGCCGGCAAUGGCAACGGCAGUGGCAGCAAUGGUGGUGGGGCUGGUGGUGGCGGAGGAGGCGGCGGAGACUCCAUGGAACGCCGCAACGAGGGCAACAACAAACCCUCCUCGCAAUCCUCCACUCAGCCCAUGGAGCGACCAAAUUUGGCGGGCAAGACCUGGUACUACGGCGCCAUCACUCGCAGCCAGUGCGACACGGUGCUCAAUGGCCACGGCCAUGACGGCGACUUCCUCAUCAGAGACAGUGAGACUAACAUGGGCGACUAUUCGGUUUCGCUAAAGGCACCCGGCAGGAACAAGCACUUCCGCGUGCAUGUGGAGCAGAAUAUGUACUGCAUUGGGCAGCGGAAAUUCCACUCACUGGACCAGCUGGUCGAUCACUACCAAAGAGCGCCCAUCUACACGAACAAGCAGGGCGAGAAGCUGUAUCUGGUGCGAUCGCUGCCCAAGGCCAAUGGAACGUAAAUUGAUGAAUCGCGGAGGAAUCUCAUCGAAAGUGGGGCAUCGGGGGCAUCAUUAUUACCCGUAUUAAGCAUUAUACAACACAAAGAUAUACCAAGGCUAAAUUUAUAGGCAGCUCAGCAGCUCAGCUCGACGUGUAGUUCAAUGUAGUUUCCAGAUACAAAUUCAGAUUCAAACUCAGUUUCAAAUUCAGUCUUAGAUUCGGAUUAAGAUUCAGAUUCAGUUAAAUGCCAAAACCAAUUCGAAGGUUCAAGCGCAGUUCAGUUCAGUUGAUAUCAGAUCAGAGACCGAAUGGAAUCUGUGUAUGAGUGUGUGUGUAUAUAUAGAUCUUAUAUAACCACGGAAGAAGGACCUUUUUGUACUUUUAUAUAAUUAAAUUAAAUUAAAUUAACGCUUAAUUAACGCAUUGGCUAUGUUAACGUGGAGAAAGCACACACCACACAUCACAUUACCUUUUGUGAGCCGCCUUCGGAGGUGGCAAGUGAGGGAUGUGACAGAUGAGAGGGAUGAGAUGGAUGAUUCAAAGAACAAUUCUAGAUGUCAACAUGCAACAUUACACUUACAUAAGUAUAUAAAAAACAUACCAUAUACAUACAUGUGCACAUAUUACUAUAUUCUAAAACGAAAGUUGUAGCCGACUAAAAUGUACACAAGAAGAGACUAGACAGGAGAGCAGAAAAGAUCGAGAUAUGAGAACGCUUUUAACCCAAACACACACUUGAGAAAUGUAAUAUGAAAUAUGAACCAUACAUAUAUACAUACGUAUAGUAUAUAUAUAAAUAUAUAUAGUAUAUAUGUACGGGUCGGUAUGUGCCCAAAAUCAGUAUGAUGAUGUCUAUUAUACGUGCAUAACGAUUACCUAUGUAUAACCCAAGUCCGCAAUAUAGUUGUUUGUGUAUGUACAUACAUGCCACCAUGCCA